AUGUCAAACGUUCUGCUCUUGAGAUCUCCCGGUGCAGCAGCAGACCUACCGGACAGAUACGAGAGCGCAUUCCAAUCGCGCGGGUAUCAUCCAGUAUCUGUACCGGUGCUCGAGACGGCCUAUGUCAACCUGCACGAGCUGAAGGACAUCGUUGUGAGAGGGCCGGGCAAGCAAGGUCAUGAUGGAGUUGUGAUCACGAGCGGGCGGUCUGCAGAAGCGUGGAAGAUCGUCGUUCUACAACUGGUCGAGGAAGAUCCCACCGGCGGGGAAGACGAAUCAGACUCAGACGCAACCUGGGCAUCCGUCCCCUUUUACGUGGUCGGCGAGGCCACCGCUCGAGCACUCCGUGACAUCCGCGAGAUUGUGGGCGAAUAUCCUUAUGUACCAAAGGACAUACGCGGGGCAAGCGAGUCGGGGACGGGCGAGAAGCUCGCGCGCUUCAUUCUGCGCGACCUCGGAGAGAAAGCAAAGGGCGCGCGUCUGCUCUAUCUCACGGGGGACAAGAACCGAGAUACGCUUCCCAGAAUCCUGGGCGAAGCCGGCGUCACUCUCGGUGCCAUUCAGGUGUACGAGACGCGCGGAUCGUCGAAGUUCGAGGCGGAUUUGAAGGAGGCAAUGCACGAAGUGCGCUCUGGGGGCAAAGUAUCAGAAUUGGAGCAGAAGGCGCUGCAUUCCGAGUCCACAGACCGUUGGUGGAUCGUGUAUUUCGCACCAUCCGACGCCGAGUGCGCAAAUCCUACCUUGAGAAACCAUUUCGCCCUCUCUUUUACCGACGCUCCACCGGUUGCCUCUGGUGGCAAGCCAGCACCAAGGAUUGCGGCGAUCGGCCCAACCACGGGGAGCUUCUUGCGCGACAACCUGGCGAUGCGCGUGGACAUCGUCUCACCGGCGCCCAACCCAGAAUCUUCGGCACAAGCAAUCGCUGGCUUCGAUGCGAGUCAUCCUUGGUCAUGAUGCAGCACGAAACAUUGGUAUCUAUUGGUAUAUCCAUGUAUAUGUAUUGUAAUAUCGACUUAAUCGAGGAUCAGCUCAAGCGCUACGCUAUGCGCUGCUCGAGAUCUGUCGCACAUGAUGUAUUCUAAAAUUCGUGGUCUCGAGGCAGGUGUACAAGUCAAAUGAAUGGAUGGUAGGCU